UGGUGGAAGAUUCCUCCGCCACUUGCGAGGCAGUCUCGCUCCAGCGGCGGACGGCCUCCCGCUCGUCUCCACCGGCUGCCUUUUGUUCGCCCUGUCCCGGGAGAAAAGCACCGCCGCCGCGUCCACGUCCCCGUCAAGCGCACACUGGCUGGAAAAUGAUCAUCUGUGCGAAUAAGAUGGAGUACCCGCUCAGAAGCCAAUGCCAGGCCAUGGUGAACAGCGAGAAGGAGCGAGUGUCGCUGCUCUUGGUGAAGGCGCUGAUGGGCCGAGGCAGCGUGGACGCCGUCUCCCAGCAGAUGGCCUCUCACCCCCAGUACUUGGAGAGUUUCCUGCGCGCGCAGCACUACAUCCUGCACAUGGACGGCCCCCUGCCGCUGCCGUGCCGCCAUUACAUCGCCAUCAUGGCGGCCGCGCGACAUCACUGCAACUACCUGGUGUACCUGCACUCGGCCCAGUUUCUGAGGCUGGGCGGGGACCCCGUGUGGCUGCAGGGCUUGGAGGCGGCGCCCCCACGCCUCCGCCUCCUGGACCACAUCAACAAAGUCCUGGCCCACCAGCCCUGGCUCACCGCCUGCUCCCACAUCAAGACGCUGCUCAAGUCGGGCGAGCAGUGCUGGUCGCUGGCGGAGCUGGUGCAGGCGGUGGUCAUCCUGGCCCACUGCCACUCGCUAUGCAGCUUUGUCUUUGGCUGCAACACCGACUCCGACCUGGCGCCCCUCAGCAAAUCUCCCAACGGUACACCGCCCACCUUCUGCCCGUUUGACGCUGCUAACGGCAACCCCAACGUGCCUCAGUCGGAGCGCAUAACACGACGACGGUCUGUGGACUCCAGCGGGGAUGUGGUGUGUCUGAAGUCCAGGCUCCACAGGUCCCAGGAGGAGCGAGACAAGAUGCACACACUCCAGCAAAGUGACGUGGAAGAAGAAGAGGAGAUGAUCUACUUAGCUGACCCCUCACGCUUCAUCACAGAUCCUGACUUCUAUUACCAGGAGUUCACCCGCAGGGACGACGACCACUUCCAAGUAUUUCGAGUUCAGGACUACUCCUGGGAGGACCACGGCUUCUCCUUAGUCAACAGACUGUACUCGGACAUCGGCCACCUGCUGGAUGACAGGUUCAGAAGUGUCACCGCCCUCUCGUCACAGCACAGCCCCGACCUGAAGAGAGCCAUCUGGAACUACAUCCAUUGUGUGCUGGGAAUACGGUAUGACGACUACGACUAUGGGGAAGUCAACCAGCUGCUGCAGAGGGACUUGAAGCCCUACAUCAAGGCACUGGCCUGCUUCCCAGACCCCACCAAGACCCCUGCCUGUCCACUCAGCUGGGCCCCACUUAAACCUUCCGAGAGGAUCCACAUCAACCUGCUGGUCAUGGAGGCACGCCUGCAGGCAGAGCUGCUGUACGCUCUGAGAGCCAUCACCCAGUACAUGAUCGCCUGACACCACCCAGUCCCAGUACAUGAUCGCCUGACACCACCCAGUACACGAUCGCCUGACGUCACCCAGUACAUGAUCGCCUGACACCACCCAGUCCCAGUACAUGAUCGCCUGACACCACCCAGUACACGAUCGCCUGACGUCACCCAGUACAUGAUCGCCUGACACCACCCAGUCCCAGUACAUGAUCGCCUGACACCACCCAGUACAUGAUCGCCUGACGUCACCCGGUACACGAUCGCCUGACACCACCCAGUACAUGAUCGCCUGACACCACCCAGUACACGAUCGCCUGACACCACCCAGUACAUGAUCGCCUGACACCACCCAGUACACGAUCGCCUGACACCACCCAGUACACGAUCGCCUGACGUCACCCGGUACACGAUCGCCUGACGUCACCCAGUACAUGAUCGCCUGACACCACCCAUUCCGAGUACAUAAUCGCCUGACACCACCCAGUACACGAUGGCCUGACGUCACCCAGUACAUGACAUCACCCAGUACAUGAUCGCCUGACACCACCCAGUACAUGACAUCACCCAGUACAUGAUCGCCUGACACCACCCAGUACAUGACAUCACCCAGUACAUGAUCGCCUGACACCACCCAGUACAUGAUCGCCUGACAUCACCCAGUACAUGACGUCACCCAGUACAUGAUCGCCUGACAUCACCCAGUACAUGACAUCACCCAGUACAUGACAUCACCCAGUACAUGAUCGCCUGACGUCACCCAGUACAUGACGUCACCCAGUACAUGAUCGCCUGACACCACCCAGUACAUGACAUCACCCAGUACAUGAUGGCCUGACACCACCCAGUACAUGACACCACCCAGUACAUGAUCGCCUGACGUCACCCAGUACAUGACAUCACCCAGUACAUGAUCGCCUGACGUCACCCAGUACAUGACAUCACCCAGUACAUGAUCGCCUGACGUCACCCAGUACAUGACAUCACCCAGUACAUGAUCGCCUGACAUCACCCAGUACAUGACGUCACCCAGUACAUGAUCGCCUGACAUCACCCAGUACAUGACGUCACCCAGUACAUGACGUCACCCAGUACAUGAUCGCCUGACAUCACCCAGUACAUGAUCGCCUGACGUCACCCAGUACAUGACGUCACUCAGUACAAGACAUCACCCAGUACAUGAUGGCCUGACCACUCUGCUCAUGUCUGCCCCUAGUGGCCAUUGCUGCACACCACAUCCUGCUGACUUUCUUCUAAGAGUACUUUUCUUUUUUUAAGUAACAUUUCUCAUGUUUGUCCUUGGUGAUAUUCAUACCUGAGCGUGCCACACACACACACACACACACACACACACACACACACACACACACACACACACACACACGACGGACAC